AUGAAAACCAUUCUUAUUGCUGAUAUACAUAGACAAAAAGGAUUGGGAAAGAGACAGAAAGAGGAGAAGAGAACAAAAGAGCUCAUUUUAAUUAGUUGUCAGGCCAAUUCUCGCGAGAUUGUAAGUUUCCUGACGUUUUCCCCAAACAAAUCUCCAGAGCCUGGAUCGUGUGGAGAAGUUGCGUCCCCACUCCCGAACUGGAAGUUUCUCCUGAGGGGUACCCUGGGUUUUGCCGCAAUCAGAGAUCUGCUCAAGUCUAAGGGGCCCAACAUCCCACUUAGCCUCAGGGCGGUUGAUGGAGUGAGUGAGGUUGGGGAGGACAAGCUGGUCAGUCUGCGGAUGGAGGGAGAGAUGGAAGACACAGUAUCUCCUAGUCACAAGUGUCCUAUGUUAUGUGACUCUCUCCAUGGCUCAGUCCAGGACAAGGACAACAGUCCUAUGAUGAGAGCUGUAUUGUGUAGUCCAGUGAGUAAGCUGUACAGGUUCCAGACGGUGGACCAGCGCUGGAUGCUGGUGAGAGAACAGAUGUCUGAAUCAGCCAUUUCCUUCACUGUGCCCAAACUACUGCUGGCGGCCCUCAUUCAACAGCACACAGCCAGGGUCAAGGAGGUGAAGGAGCUUGGUGACCUCUCACCUCACUGGGAGGGGCUGAGGCGUGACGUCGUCAGCCACUGCAACCAGCUGAUUGGCUGCUACCAGGACAUGCUCUCUGAGCUCAACCGACACACAGCCUCAUCUCCAUGUUUUAAGGGGAGUCUCAGUCGGUCAGACAGACACCUGCUGUUUGUCCCAACCAACCUCCACGCACAGAGGAUGGAGGUGAUCACCCACCCAGGGAGUCCAGGUCUGUGGUAUGAUGCAAUAACAGUGGGGGCUCCAGCUGAUCACUACCACGGCUUUAAACAUGGAGGACUGAGGAAGCAGCUAGGCAAACACAGGAAGAGCCCCGUCCUCUAUUCCUCAGAGGAGUGCUGCAGGGCCAGGGAGCUGCUGGCCAGCAUAGCCCAGCUGCAGCCUCUGGUUUUCGGGCAGGCUGAGGAGCUGCUGGAAGCUUCUGUGGAGGUCAGCCCUGUAAGACUACAGCAGGCCCUGGACAGGCUGGCGCAUAAGACGGAGCAGUUUGUGCACGCACUCAAAGAUGAACUGGUAAGGAGCGCCUUACUGGCCAUCCACAACCUCCUCCUCCCCGCCCACUGCAACAACAACCGCCACACCUACACCAUGGACAAUGGGAUGCUCCGCAACCACCUGUCGAGCAGGAGGGAUGGACAGCCGUCUCUAUGGCAACAGGAGGCCACGUGUUAUGAUACAGAGUACGAUGAGGAAGACUGGGAUAGGGCAUGGGCUAACGUUGCUCAGAGUAUCAACUGCAUCAUUGCCAUGGUCGACCGGCUGCUGGAACGAGGGAGCCACUCACGGGAAGUGACAUCACCGGAGCGUCAGAAUGAACCAGGAGACACAAGCUCUCGGGACACCGUCGCCUCCUGGCAGGAGGAGCUGCUCCCUCUGGUGGUGACUCUGAGGGAGUGCGUCAGGGAGGCAGCAGGUAAGGCCAGGGCAGCCAUGACCUUCAUAGUUCUGCAGGGGGCGAUAGCGGGCACCACCGCACAGGGACCACCGCAGCUCAUCCAGAGAAGGGAUGCUGUCUUCAGCCAGACGCUCUCAGCAGUGGUUUGUGGGUUUGUGGUGAAGUUGUAUGAAGGUCUGGGUGAUCCAGGGUUUCUAAAGCAGCUUCUCUCUGUGGGACUCCUGGUCCAAUUUGAGGGUCUACUCAGCACCUACGGUGAGGAGGUGGGGAUGUUGGAGGACAUGGAGGUGGGUGUAUCUGACCUCAGUGAUGUAACAUUCACUGUUACCACGGCAACAUCAGACCAACCAGAGGACCUGCUGCCUAAACUCAGGGCAACACGGGGCAGUUUUGUGGUUGAGGUUCCGUUGCCGCUGGAGACGUUUACCUUGUUGCCGCGGGAACUGCAGGAGGGAUGUGUGGUACCAGUUCAUCCUGUUUUCUUCAACAUUGGAAUCAACCAGCAGCAGAGUCUGGCUGAGAGGUUUGGGGACAGCUCCCUACAGGAAAGACUGAACCAGCACAGCUGUGAGCGCCUGAGGGCCUACUGCAGUAAUCUGAGAGAGACACUUCCUCAUACCGCUGGUGUGCAGCAGGGUGUACCAGACUUGUUGUCUUCUCUCGCUCGCAGUGUGGAGAGCAGGAGGAGGAAGAAUGUGGAGGUGCUCUGGCUCGCUGCCGCUAUUUGUCGGAGGGUAAAAGGUGUUCGUCUGACCAGCUGUAAAAGUGCCAAGGAUCGGACAGCUAUGUCAGUGACCCUUGAGCAGUGUGUUAUUCUCAGAGACCAACACACACUCCACCCAGAGCACUUCAACACCGCCCUGGACUGCAUGAGGAGGGAGGGCUGCAGGAUGGAGAAUGUGAGGAAGAACAUUGGGAUCAGGAAGUACGCCUUCAGCAGUGUACAGCUCCUCACCUUCCCCAAGCGAUACAGACCUCCAGAUGGUUCCUAUGGCAAGACAGACACCUAGGAAGAGAGACAGACAGAGAGACAGACAGACAGACAGAGAGACGGAGAUAUUGAUGGAGAGAUGAAUGUGUAGAGCACCCGACACAACAUUGGAACACAGCGGUUUCUGUCGAUUCCUUCAGACGCUCUGUGCUGCUGGCGGAGGUGCAGCAAGGGAGCGAGGAGGGAGCGUGGAGGGAGCAUGGA